AAUGAGCUUUUUCCUAUUUUUACCCGAAUUCCAUUCAAAUUUGAAUUAACCAUCUCUUCAAUUGCCUCCAAAUGAAGCUGAUUGGUAUAAAAAUGUACUGUGUAUGAAGAGAAGUGUUAAUUCACUGCAGUUACGUUGCUGCUGUUGCUUUUCAUGAAGAUUUUGCUUAUCAUCAAUAAAAAAAUCCUUUGGUUUGGUAGCAGUUCUUCUCAGUAGAUAAGAGCAAUAAACCCUUUUCAAUAUGAUUUUAUUUAUUUAACCAACAAUUUCAAAAAAGAAGAAGGAAGAAUCAUACCAGAAAAGAUUAUACUACAUACUACAGUGAAUUAAAACUAUUCUAUCAGUGAAUAAAGAACAGAAGAAGUUUAAGGAGCCUCUCUAAGCAAAGACAUCUUGAUGGCUCAGUCCGGCAGUGGUGGCAAUGAAAGUGGAGGAGGAAAGGGAGGAGGCAAUGAAGGUGGAGGAGGAAAAGGAGGCGGCGGAGUUGGCAGUAAUAACAAGAAGGCUGAGGAAUUACAACCACAUCCAGUGAAAGAGCAGCUACCAGGAGUUCAAUAUUGCAUUAACAGUCCACCUCCAUGGCCUGAAGCUAUUUUACUGGGGUUUCAGCACUAUGUUCUCACUCUCGGUAUCACUGUUAUGAUACCAAGUUUGCUUGUGCCUCAAAUGGGCGGUGGAGAUGCAGAGAAGGCUAGAGUUAUACAGACAUUACUCUUUGUUUCAGGAUUGAACACUUUGUUUCAGACUUUAUUUGGAACUCGGCUUCCAUCAGUAGUAGUGGGUUCAUAUGCUUAUGUUAUACCCGUUACUUCUAUCCUUCUAGCUCGUAGAAAUAGUACGGUCAUCGAUCCCCAUGAGAGAUUUGUACAAACAAUGAGAGCUAUACAGGGGACUCUAAUUAUUAGUGGUUGUUUUCAAAUGGUUAUGGGUUUCUUAGGCCUCUGGAGAAAUGCUGUUAGGUUUCUUAGCCCUCUUUCAGUUGUACCCUCUGUAACUCUUUCGGGACUUGGGCUCUAUUAUCUUGGUUUCCCUUUUCUAGCAAAAUGUGUUGAAGUUGGUCUGCCGGAAAUUGUCGUUUUAGUUUUUAUCUCACAAUAUCUUCCUCACUACGUUAAAUCAAAGAGGCCAAUAUGUGAUCGUUAUGGGAUUCUGUUAUCAGUCCCAAUUGUAUGGUUGUUUGCAGAAAUUUUAACUUCAAGCGGUGUGUAUAAUGAAAAACCUGCAAAAACUCAGAUGAGUUGCAGAACUGAUCGUGCCGGACUUGUCGGCGCUUCUCCUUGGGUAUACAUUCCUUAUCCAUUUCAGUGGGGAAGCCCAACUUUUGAGGCUGGAGAAACCUUUGCAAUGAUGGCUGCUGCUUUCGUUUCUUUAUUUGAGUCCACUGGUACAUUCUUGGCAACAGCAAGAUUCGGAAGUGCCACUCCUAUGCCACCUUCCGUUGUCAGCCGUGGAACUGGCUGGCUGGGAAUUGGUGUGUUGUUCAAUGGUUUUUUUGGUUGCUUAACUGGAUCUACUGCAUCAUUGGAAAAUGCUGGUCUCUUAGCAUUGACAAAAGUUGGAAGCCGAAGAGUGAUUCAAAUAUCAGCUGGAUUUAUGAUUCUCUUCUCUUUAUUUGGAAAAUUUGGAGCAAUCUUGGCAUCUAUACCUCUUCCGAUUGUAGCAGCUAUUAACUGUGUUUUAUUUGGCUAUAUCACUUCUGUUGGCCUUAGCUUCCUCCAGUUCUGUAACCUGAACAGCUACAGGACAAAAUUCAUACUUGGGUUUUCUUUCUUCAUGGGCAUUUCAGUACCUCAAUACUUCAGAGAAUAUUAUCAGAUGCAAACAGAAAACGGUCAUGUUUACACUGGUCACCGAUGGUUUCAUGAUGUAGUUACUGUCCUCUUCACCUCCCACGCAACUGUAGCCUCGAUAAUCGCCAUUUUCUUGGAUUGCACGCUAUCGAGCAAAACUGAAGAAACAAGAAAAGACAAUGGGUUGAAGUGGUGGGAAAAGUUCAGCUUGUAUAAUUCAGAUGUUAGAAAUGAUGAAUUCUAUGCACUGCCAUUUAGACUCGAUAAACUCUUCCCUGCCCUUUAAUCUUUCAGUAACUAACUACUCUGUACCUGUUGAAAUUUUUAAAGGAAAAAACAGUACAAAAGUUGUUCA